GCCUGAGAGGGCCGGAAGUGGUGUCUGAGGCGGUUGUUAGGCGACGAGGGAAGAUGGCGGAGGGCAGCAAGAGCAAGGCCGGGCCCGCGGGGACGGCGCCUUCCUCGGGCGGGGCGGGGGCGGCGCCCAAGGCCUUGUCGGCCGAGCAGGUAGUGGCUGGAUUCAACCGCUUGCGCCAGGAGCAGCGAGGCUUGGCCUCCAAAGCGGCGGAGCUGGAGAUGGAGCUCAAUGAACACAAGUUAGUUAUCGAAACCCUCCGGGAAGUGGACGCGACCCGGAAGUGCUACCGGAUGGUGGGCGGGGUCUUGGUGGAGCGCACCGUCAAGGAGGUCCUCCCGGCACUAGAAAGCAACAAAGAACAGAUCCACAAGAUCAUUGAGACACUGAGCCAGCAGUUGCAGGCCAAAGGCCGGGAGCUGAACGAGUUCCGGGAGAAGCACAACAUCCGCCUGAUGGGCGAAGACGACACCAAGGGCGGGGCGGGGGCGGCCAAGGAGGGGGCCGAGGGGGGCGGGGCCAAGCCCAGUGCCGCGGGGGUCCUCGUCUCCUAGCACCCCCCUCCCCUCCCCUCCCCCCCCAAGAAGGACUUGAUCCCCCUCCUCUUGCAGCUCUCCGGAAGGAACCCCUGGCAUUGUUUUCAUCCAUUUCUUUUGGGUGUCCUCGGCUGUCUUGUAAUAUUAUUUUUGGGUUAAAAUAAACGUUUUCAUCAUACUGGAUAAUA